UACAAGUUCCUUCAUGCGUGCUAUGCCUAGAUUCGGUCGCAGCUGACCUGUGCUUUUUAAACACAAAACCGACCUUUGUUGGAUUACCCGGAAUGGAAGAUAAGAAAGAACCGACCAUGCUACAGAGAUCCACUUCGUUUAGUAUUAAGAGUCUAUUGCUUCCGUCGAAAAGUGACAAACAGGACUCAAGACUUUCAGAGAAAAGAAUAUUUCCUUCAGGCUCAGAUUCGGAAAAAUCUGUGGAACCCGCCGAAACAGAAACUCUGCCGCAUGAGACAGAAAAAACAAAAGAAGGUGACGGUAAAUGUAAAGGUGAAAGUGCGUCGGAAGCCACGAAGAAUGGAAAAUUCGACAAACCUCCGUUCAGCUACAACGCGCUUAUCAUGAUGGCCAUUAGACAAAGCCCAGAGAAGAGGCUUACGCUGAACGGAAUCUACGAGUUUAUCAUGAAAAAUUUUCCAUAUUACCGGGAGCAUAAGCAAGGGUGGCAAAAUUCUAUCCGUCACAACCUCAGUCUGAACAAAUGUUUUGUUAAAGUGCCACGACACUACGACGAUCCGGGGAAAGGGAAUUACUGGAUGCUGGAUCCUUCGAGUGACGAUGUGUUUAUAGGUGGGACGACAGGGAAACUUCGGAGACGUUCGGCAACUUCCAGAGGCAAACUGGCGAUUAAACGUGGGCUUCGGUUCGCACCACUUGGUUUGGGAAUAAAUGACAGGGCAAACAAUCCUCUAUAUUGGCAAAUUUCACCAUUUUUAUCUUUACAUCAUCCCCAUUACAACAGCUCGUCAUCUGGAUUUCUUAAUCAGGGGCAUAGUUACGGCUCGUUGCUCCCUGGAGUAGAACAGCUGGGUAAUGGAGACAUGCCUCGGCCAAUUCUUGGAAGUUCUACUGGCACUCUUGGUUUAACGAACACUUACGGGAUGAGCACGUCUCCAGUUGGGUUAAUACAGGGACAGCCAGGUUACUUUGUCUCAGGGAGUCAACAUCCGUCGCCUCUCCAGCAGAGCGCUCCUGGUUUCGGCGUGCCCGUGUGCUCCACACAGACGCUGCUUUCGGACACUCUCAGAACAACUUUACCAUCUUUCUCGCCAGGAGUAUCUAGCGGAUUUCCUGGAAUCUUGUCUCAUCAAAAAAGGGUUGCUCCAAAUUCUUUCCUAAACUGAAUCGCAGCUUGAAAAGGGAGAAACCGAAUGCAGCAAUGAUAAUCGAGAAAAAGGCCAAACCAAGAAGCAUGACAUUAUAUGUCAUAGACUGUUGUUUUAUAUGCUUCGCGGCCACAGAUCUAUUAAAAAAGUAGUCUUGGGGUUAUACCUCUCUCUUACCUUUGUGCUAAGGCUGCAUCUAGAGUUGCCAAAAGGUAACGGCACAGGAUACAGUUCGAUGCCCAAAUUAUUUAUAUACUGUUCAAAUAAAUUCAGGAGGCCUAUUUUUAAGUUGUUUAAUUUAAUGUUUAUAUUUAUGGUAAAGUGUAUUUAAGUUUUAACCUCACUGUAUUCGUCCCUCCGUACCAAGAAUCAUAUGAUAAUAUAAAUUAUUUAUGUAAAUAUGAAAUGUGAACUUGCACGUCUUUUCGUUGAGAAACGCCUUAAAACAAAUCAGGGUAACUAAAAAAAAGAGUGAAAGAAAACAUGCUUAGGCCAUAAGGCCCAUAAAAUGUCCUUAGGUCAGUUAGGCCUGUAGACUGCAAUCAUGUAAUAUUCUGCUGUAUGUACUGUAUAUAACCAAUAAUACAAAACGUUUUAGACAGGACGUUUUUUUUAUAUCUGUGAUUUGUUUAGAAGCCUAUAUGCCAACAAUGCUUUGCAAAUUUGUCGGUUCAUGUUAUUGAGGACACAUGGGAUGCGUGUCUGCGGAUCUUAUAUCAGCAUGUUGAAUAGACACAACGUCUCAAUUUCUUUUAGUAGACAGUCACCAGUAAUAGUUUUCAUAUGUUGAAGAGUUCUUGCCCGGACGACGAUCGUAAGAUAAAAUUAUCACUUAAAAGUAAACGAGCCAAGAACAUACAAUGUAAAACAUCAAGUAGAAAAAAAAUAUUACAUUUAUUUAAUUAAAUACACACGGCUAAAACCGAACUGAUUUACGUUAACUCAUCUUCUGUGAUGAGUAUUAAAAUAUUUCAUAAAAAUGUCAUUGAGUGUCUACAUCAACAUUUUUUGCAAGUAUUAUUUGAACGUUUUGCACUUUUAUUUAGGCUAUUUUAUGCUAUGUACGAUUUUUGGCUUGGUCCGCUUG